AUGUCCAAACGCCUCAAGCCGAGCGAGAUCCUCACAGCCUUCUCGACGGCAAAGGCCCAUGCCUCCAAACAUGCGACGAGUCGGGUCAUUGAGCUGGUGAAUGCUGAAGACCACACCUUGCAUGUAUCGAGCACUGUUCCUUUGCACCAGCCUUUAUUCGAAGCCAUGCCAGCCGAAGUCUGGAUCGACGAGUACACGCCAUUCGAGCCCCUCAGCAUCAAGCUCCGCUUCCGUAACUGCGACACCGUCGUGCGUCGCCUCAGGAUUGAGUCUCCACGGUCUCCUAUCUUUCGAGUUUGGCCUUGGGAAGCCAGAAACUCUAAACCUGAUCGAGUAGAAAAUGGCAAAGUAGCCGCAGGAAUGGAGAUCGCCUUCGUCCUCGAGUUCUUCCCACAGGAAGUCACAGAUUAUUCACUAGACCUCGUGUGCUGCACAGAGCGUGAGCGUUUCUUGUUGCCAAUUCGAGUGCGAGGGCGUUUUGCAGCAUUGGACUUGCCCGAUCAGCUCGAAUUCGGCAUCUGUCCGGUCAAGAUGUCCACGACUCGCGUCCUAACCGUGAGGAAUGUGGGGACACGCGGCUCCUCUUUUACUUUUCAAACGAGCGAGCACUUCCGAGUGACCCCUCCUAGUGCGACACUGGCACAGGGGGCAGCGGUGCAGAUUGAACUGAGGCUAAUUCCACCUAAUCUGGACUCGGGUGAAGGUUGUUGAAGGAAUGAUUUGCGCAGAGUUGUUAGGGCAGUACAGAACUGAAUGAGGACAAAGGUAGAGAGGAUUAGGCGGCCAUAGUGAAGAGGAAGUCUUGAAUGUAGAAGGAGAAGACGCUUGUGUGGUAGAGCUCGUAAAAGAGGAAGUGGUGAUUUAGAUAGUCUGGUGUCCUGGAG